ACAGCUUUCUGCCUGACGUUUUGAGCCAAAAACGGCUGUCAUCUCGAGAUUUGAGUUGUGCUGCUAUGUAGACCAGUUAAUUAAUCGCCAACAAAUAGCUGAUGUGUUGCUGAGUGAGUACUUGAUCAUUUGUCUGAUAUCAUCAAGACUCCAUAACAGACUAUCUCUGCAUCUCUGUAGCCGAGCUCAGUGUUCCUGAUGUCCGCUAGAGGGCGCACGGAGGGGCCGACAUUCAGUCCGUCGCAGGCAGGCUGGAGAUCGGCUGAGUCGCGCACCGUAGACAAACACGGAGGCAGGUUGGUGGAGAGCCGAAGGCUGCUUGAUGCCGCCGGGCUUUACUGGGAUUUAAUAAUCUGACGUCCAGCGCUGCGCCACGGGCUCUGUCAGGUCUGGAAAGAGGAAUUAAAACAUCACAAAAUGCAUCUUCUUGGGAUAUGGACGUUGAUGGCGGCUCUGCAGGUUGUUGUUGUGGGUGGAGAGGCAGAACAUUCAUUGUCAAGCAAGGAGGGGGCGUUGCCAUGCACAAGGGGCUUUACUCAGAAGGAAUACAUCAUAGAAAUGGAUCAAGAGUUGGCCAAGGGACAGGCUGUCUUCAACGUUACCAAAACGUCCGGCCCCCUUCCGCUGCACUCAAGGACAGAGACUGCGAUGUUGGCUCAGUGCUCAAUGGUGAGCUUCAUGGACUGCAGUGGAGGGAAGGUUUGGUUCGAGGUCGGAGCCCCUUCUGACUUCAGGGUGAGCGAGCGUGGUGUGGUGUACACCAUGCGCCACCUCAGCCUUGUGGGAAAAGGAAAAGCUGUGGUGAUGGUCUAUGCUAGAGACCUGCUGUCAAAACAGGAGUGGAAGACCAGAGUACACCUUCACAUGGGACCUCAACAGGUACAGACCAGUGAUGCAACACUGACAGGGCAGGUACCAGAGAUCUUGUUUCCAUGGCGCAGGACAGUUGUCAGGAGUGAUGGCAGUCUGAGGCGGUUGAAGAGGGACUGGGUCAUUCCACCUAUCAAUGUCCCCGAGAACUCACGAGGACAAUUCCCAGAGGACCUGGUCCGAAUCCGCUCAGACCGGGAUAAGAACCGGAUGCUGCGUUACAGUGUGACGGGCCCUGGGGCGGACCAGCCUCCAAAUGGUAUCUUCAUCAUCAACCCAAUCUCAGGCCAGCUGUCUGUCACCAAGCCUCUGGACAGAGAGCACAUCUCUAACUUCCAUUUGCGAGCCCAUGCUGUGGACCUGAAUGGGAAUCAGGUGGAGAACCCCAUUGACAUCGUCAUUAAUGUCAUUGACCAGAACGACAACAGACCGGAGUUCACACACACCAUCUUCAAUGGCUCUGUACCAGAGGGAUCCAAGCCUGGAUCCUUUGUGAUGACAGUAACAGCAGUGGACAAGGAUGAUCCAAAAACUGCCAAUGGGAUGCUGCGAUAUAAGAUCCUGUCACAGAAUCCCCAGAGCCCCUCCUCCAACAUUUUCACUAUUAACAACAAGACUGGUGACAUCAUUACUGUGGCAGCAGGACUUGAUCGUGAGAAAGUCACCCUGUACACCCUAAUCAUCCAGGCUACAGACAUGGAGGGAAACCCGACCUAUGGUCUGUCCAACACAGCCACCACUAUCAUCAGGAUUACUGAUGUCAAUGACAAUCCCCCCGAGUUCACCACAGACACAUUCUUCGGGGAGGUUCAUGAGAACAGGGUGAAUGUGAUUAUUACCAACCUGACUGUGACGGAUAAGGACCAGCCUCACACCCAAGCCUGGAGUGCUGUGUAUCGCAUCACUGCUGGAGACCCUACUGGGCGCUUCUCCAUCCCCACUGACCCCACCACCAACGAGGGCCUACUCACUGUGGUCAAGCCUGUAGAUUUUGAGCUGACCCGUUCCUUCAUGCUGACAGUGGAAGCAGAGAAUGAGGUCGCACUGUCUCGUGGCAUCCACUUACCUCGUCAGUCCACGGCCACCGUUUCUGUACGAAUCCUGGACAUCAAUGAGAGCCCAGAGUUCAGCCCCAGCCCCAAGUCCAUCAAACUUGAGGAAGGUCUGACUGCCAGGUCUCUACUUACCACCUUCACUGCCCAGGACCCUGACCGCUUCAUGAGACAAACAGUGCGGUACUCCAAGAUGUAUGACCCUGCCAAUUGGCUGGAGAUUGACCCGGUUAACGGUCAGAUUUCCACCAUCGCCAUCCUUGACCGAGAGUCUCCCUAUGUCAAGAACAACCUCUACAAUGUUACCUUCAUGGCUUCUGAUAACGGUAUCCCGCCUGCCAGUGGGACAGGCACCCUUCAGAUGUACCUGCUGGACAUAAAUGACAAUGCACCUCACGUUUUCCCCCCUGAGGUUGAAAUGUGUGAGAAGCCAGAUCCCAAUGGCAUCAACAUUACAGCCAGUGACCCUGACCUGACCCCCAACGCUGGACCAUUUGCCUUCGAGUUGGCCAGUCGUCCAUCAGAUGUACGGCGUAACUGGACACUGAGUCGUAUCAAUGGUGAAUAUGCCCAGCUUCGACUGCGGAUCACCUCUCUAGCCAGUGGGAUCUACAAGGUUCCCAUCAUGAUCACAGACUCUGGAAACCUGCCCAUGUCCAACACGUCCUUCUUGAGAGUCAAGGUCUGCCAGUGUGAUCACCACGGAGACUGUGUGGACAUGGAGCGAAUUAUUGCUGCUGGACUCGGCACUGGAGCCAUCAUCGCCAUCCUCAUCUGUAUCAUUAUACUAUUAGUGCUGGUGCUGCUGUUUAUCAUGUGGAUGAAGAGAAGGGAUAAAGAGCGUCAGGCCAAGCAGCUCCUCAUUGACCCAGAGGACGAUGUCCGAGACAACAUCCUCAAAUAUGACGAGGAGGGAGGUGGAGAGGAGGACCAGGAUUAUGACCUCAGUCAGCUGCAGCAGCCUGAUGCCCUGGAGUCAGACUGUGUCAAGGUGGGGAUCCGACGUAUGGAUGAGAGGCCUCUCCAUCAUGACCACCAGUACCCUCUCCGUUCUGCUGCCCCUCACCCAGGAGACAUAGGAGACUUCAUCCAUGAGGGCCUGAAAGCAGCUGACAACGACCCCACUGCCCCACCCUACGACUCCCUCCUGGUGUUUGACUACGAAGGCAGUGGCUCCACUGCUGGCUCCCUCAGCUCCCUGCAUUCCUCCUCAAGCUGCGGUGACCAGGACUACGACUACCUCGGUGACUGGGGUCCGCGCUUCCGAAGGCUGGCUGACCUGUAUGGUGGAGGGGAUGAUUAACAACCUAAACCCCCACCAUCUCUGAGCAGCUCUCCACCUUUGCUCCAAGGUUGAGGUGGUGGGAGGAAUAAAAAAAAAAAGAGGGUAUGGGGUGAACAUGGGGUUUGGACCAGCAGUUCUGUAUUACCAUGAGACAGCUUGUAAAGAGACUCCUGGCCUUGGCGAUGGUUGAUGAUACUAGGGACCAAUUAGACUCCUGGCCUUGAAAGGCCUGACACUGGCUAGCAUUCAGGCCAAUAGACAUUAUCAUCUGAGCAUUAGCCCAUGUGCUAACAAACCUCAGCAGGCUGAACAGUGAGAUCAGAGGGGAUGUUGUCUCUAUUAUGGUUCAGAGCAUAGCCAUGCUACAGAUGCUCAUUUACACUUGAAUCUCACAGUACAGGAGCACUGGGGUCAAAUGUGCCUUUUUGUACAUUGUUUUGAUUGUAUUCCACUGUUUUGCAACUAGAGGAGCACUACGCCAUGAUAACAAGUGUGUUUUGUGUGUGAGUGUGUGUGUGUGUGUGUGUGUGUGUGUGUGUGUGUGUGUGUGUGUGUGUGUGUGUGUGUGUGUCGGUGUUUAGGUACCACAUCAUUUCCUGUAUGUGUGGUUGAGAGUGCUGUGAGUCUUUUCCACAGAGACACACUGGAUGGACGCUCUAAAAGGCAAAAACCUACUAUGAGACGUCUUGGAUGAUCCGACCAGCAAAAACAUGGCUCUACUGUACUGCUCUGGGUGUCAUAGAGAUUAUUUUUUCAUUCGAUUUAAUGAGAAAAUUACAAUAUUUAACACUGUGUAGACAUCAAUUUACAGUUAGCGGAAUCAAAUAUACAAGCUUGAUCUUAAAGGUAGCAUACACCCUGAUUACUGCAUUUAUGAUAUUUUCUUAUGUUUCUAACUGUUAACAUUACAUAUAUGAGGCAGUGGAACACUUCUAUCUGUGAUACAUACAUAUAUAGAUAGAAUAAUAGAUAUAUUUGUCUUUUUAAAUUGUAAAUUGAUACUCCAAACAAAUGGGAGUCAGUAAAUCAAUAACCAAUAACCAAUAACUGCUGCUGCUGUUAGCUAGUUAGCUCCAUUAGCUAUGUAGCUAGUGUUCUGGGGUCUCAUUUUUAAACAUAACAUACAAACGUUUUGGCACAAAUGGCGAUGCAAUGACUUAAAGCAGACUGUAGAAAUAAAAUAUGAGAGGCAUUAUUCUGUGUUUUUACAUCAAUUAUACAUCUCACAUUUGACUUCACCUUAUAUCAGCGUUAAUUAUACAUCCACAUUAUCACUAACAUUCAAAGCUGUAGUUUCAUUUGUACUUGUGCUGUUGUACUAGUAAGGCAUAACUAUUCCAUAAACUACUACUACUAAAUGUAAAAGAUAUCAGCCAACUCAAAUCUGAAAUCAGUAUUUCCUCAGCACCCUCUCACCAUCACAUUCCCGUCCCUGGAGGUCAAUGGACAGGACCAACUGAUCGAUAAUGAAUUUAUUAUCAUUGCUUGUUGAAAUCCAAGAUUACAUCAGAUAACAUCAAAGUAUGAAUGCUAUAAUCAAAUAACAUAAUAAAUGUGAGACAGUGCUGUGACUAAAAAACGCACGCACGCACGCACGCACACACGCACACACACACACACACACACACACACACACUGCCUUCUCCAGCUCACCCGGUACAUCUUCACAACCAGCAGAUGCGGAUUGUAUAAAUUAGGAAGUGUGGAAAUAAAUAUAGCCUCAUUGUCCUAAUCAUAAUGCAGGCUGCGUUCACAUUAACUAAAUUUAAAUCCAUAAAUAAACAAUCAAACUUCUAAUUUAAAAUGAUAUCCAAGAGUGGGGGAUAACACUGAUCGUUGUGAUCAUUUUGGCAAGUGGAAUAGUCAAUCUGAUACCUGUAAACGUAUAAAUAGCACGGUGCUACUCAUGCACAAUGCUGCAUUGACUACACGGACUGUCACUAUCCUCACACAUUUACAAUGUGACAUCACAAUGCAUACAGUAAAUAUGUGCUUUGUAACCUCCACCUACCCAGUGAACACCUCAUUGUCUGUACAAGAAAUUUUUAUUUUCUUCGUCUUUAUCUUGUUGUGACAAUGAUGAGCUGCUGAUGAGAUAGUUUAUAUUUAAAUUUCACCAUCAGAACUAAAUUUCAGCAUUUUUGUGAAUCUUUGUAUGUGUACUCUGAACCUCACCGAGAUUUUAUUUUUCACUGGUUUGGAUUGAAAUUUAACCUGAACACCCAAGAGACACUAAGGAAACUUGGAAACAUCUUUUCAUUUAAACAGCUUCACAGAUUCACUGAAUAAUGUACAAGUUAUAGCUUGCAAUGGCUCAGUUUGUCCUGUUUUGUGUGUCUAGACAUAAUAUUGAAUUUAGUUCCUUAGCUCAAUACAAAUAUAUCAUUUCACAAUUUAACUUACUUUUACUUACUUUAACUAAUCAACAAUUCAGCCAAAAUUUAAAUAAACAAAACAAAACAAACAAACAAAAAAACAACUUCUACAUGGGUUGUUUUGUGACAGCUGGCUUCUGUUUCUAGGAUUUUCUGAGUGAGCAGGGCUCUAUGAUCUCAUAUCACAUCAAACCAAUUAAUGAUAAAAAUAAUUGGUAUUGCACUUUUAAUAAAUCUGGUUAUAUUGCCAUCUGUUUUGCAAUAUCCAACCAAACCGAUUUCAUUUUGAGUGUAUCCCAGACCUUGAUUUGAUGGUUCCAGUGCAACUUGAUUGUGUUAGAAAUUAGUCCAGAGAGUUUAAAAUUGUGAAGAAGAAUAUGUGUAUUGUAUGUGUGAGGAGUUAAGAUCAAUAUUUUUUUCCAGACACAGAGAACAAGAUGACAUCAUGAUAUGUUUGCAACACACCAAGCCAUCACAAGCUAUAACUCGAACCAAAUGAAAAGAUCUAGAUACAGAUAGAUAGAUAGAUAGAUAGAUAGAUAGAUAGAUAGAUAGAUAGAUAGAUAGAUAGAUAGAUAGAUAGAUAGAAAGCUAUGUAUCAACAAAAUAAAUGUAACAUAUAUUUAUUUUUUAUUCAUCUCUAGCACUCAAGUUUUGAGACAGAACUACAUCAGCAAUGCACAGAACCAAAAUUUGGUUGCAAGAAAAUGACAAAUCAGUAGAUAUGAUAUUCUAAAAUAUAUAUAUCAAAAAUAACUUCCUAUUACUGAUUUGAUGAUAAUAACCAUUAUAGCUAUUUAAAUGAAUAGAUGCUGCCAAGUAUGCUUAGUGUCGUGAGAAUGUUCAGGACAAAUUUCAAUCCAAACCAGUGAAAAUAAGAUUUGAGGUUCAGAAUACACAUACAAAGAUGCUGAAACUGGUGAGUUUCCCUCUAACAAGCUCUGUGAGAAGGAAACACCCACUGAAUGACAGUAUUACUGUAACUGUAGGGUUAGUGUAGGUAACAGUAUCAAUGCCAGUUCACAAUUUAUAAUAAUUAUCAUACUAGCACAAAUAUAAGAUGACUGAUUACAGCAACCCACCUUACUAACACCUGUGCUGUAUGUUACUAUAUUAAAAUUAGAAACAGCUGUUCAAACUUCUCUGCUUGGACAAUUCAGCCUUCCGUCUUUCCCUUGAAAUAUUUUAAUUUAUUUGUCUUAAUUGUCACAGACUGAGCCUGCUGUCAGGCUUUUUGAGAUGGUCAGAAUAAUUUUCUUUGACAGUUAACACGCUGCACCUCCUCAAUAUGACAUCGUUAGAGCAGUAGUUUCCUGUACCUGUAAAAUCAAACUGGCAAAUUGCUGUGAAGUUUUUGAGUACCUUUAGGUUUCUCAAUAGUUUAAUUCUUUAUAAUUUAGAAACCCAGUGUUAGCAUUAAGACUGUAUGGGUCUCAUUUUUCCUUCUGAGUCACAGCCUUUUACAGUGUUGUGUGUUUCUAUCAGUGGGAGGCGGAUAUUGGUCAAACCCAGAGCUGUACAUUAGAGUUACAUAUUUUUGCCGAUUUGGUAUUUCACAUCUGUUGAGAAGACAUGUACAGUAAUGCUAGACUUUAGAUAGAUACUGUUUUUUGUUUUGCUUUAAUCACAAUGUAACUUAUGCAGCUGAUUGUUAAUUAAGGGAGACAUCAGUCUGUGUUUUGUAGCAAAGGUACUUCUUGAUACUGCUGUGGUGGAUAAAAUACAAAAAAAGGCAUUUUUUAAAUUCUGCCUGCUGAUGAUUUGCCUUAGUGUUCUCUUAGUACUCUUCAACUGACUACUCAACAUAAACUAAAGUAUGUACAGAUUGUUUUUUUUCUCUUGUUCUUUUGGCUGUGGUCUCUGAAAAUGAAAGCUAAUACCCUGAAUCCUUGUAUAUGUGUAAUUUGGAUUACAAAUUAAAAUGUUUUUGCAUGUUUUUAUCUUUUCAUUAUGGGAAAACAGUAGCCUAUUUUUUUUUUCUUUUUUUUUUUUCACAAACACCAACACCAGAG